GUUCUUAAGAAAUGAACACAUUAACAUAGAACACCACCAAGAUGCCCACAAGUUAAACCCCAAUGACAACCCUUUGGAUCUUCAAGAAUUGCAGAAUCCUCUUGAAGCUGUGGAGGGCCCCUUGAAAAUUUGAUGACACAAGCUUCAUGAGAAUUCAAUAAUAGCUGAGAAGUCUCUGAUCACAUCUCAUCACCUAUUAUUUAGAAUCAUGUCCUAAAUUAGUUUUUUAUUCCCAACUGAGCAAAUAGUUUUAUGAGUUAGCUUCAUUGAGCGCGGGCUCACACGGCCUUGCCUCAAUAUAAAUAAACACCCCUCUACUCCCCAUUCUUCUCCAAACCCAAAAGGCCUGCCUCUGCUUCUCUUCUUCCCAUACUAACCCUGCAUCCUCUUCCUUCUGCCGAUCAGAGUUCUCAAAGUAAGUUUUAACUUCCCAGCAGUAUGGGCGGGAAUUCGCCGUGCGCCUCCUGCAAGCUUCUGCGCCGCCGCUGCACCAAGGACUGCAUCUUUGCUCCUUACUUCCCCUCUGAUAACCCCAACAAAUUUGCCAUUGUGCACAAGGUGUUUGGAGCCAGCAAUAUCAGCAAAAUGCUGCAGGAGCUCCCAGUUCACCAGAGAGCAGAUGCAGUGAGCAGCCUAGUGUACGAAGCAAAUGCGAGAAUGAAAGACCCGGUGUAUGGGUGCGUUGGGGCGAUAUCUUACUUGCAAAAUGAGGUUUCGCAGCUGCAAAUGCAACUAGCAGUGGCACAAGCAGAGAUCCUCUGCAUCCAGAUGCAGCAAGAGGCAGCCAUGCCAAACCUACAGAUAGACCAAGAUGAAAAGUCCUCACUUCUCCAAAACAACUUCCCCCAGUGCUUCAAUCUUUCCCCAUCUACCAAUGUAAUUCAUGACCCUCUCAAGAGAGAGAGCUUCUUAGGAUAUGACAUGGUUUCCUAGUAAAACAAAUGUUAAGGUGUUUUGGACUUUUAUGUCAAGCUCUUUUCUUCUUUUUUCUGUUUGGGAUAAAUAACAUACUGCCAUCAUUGGCAUAAUAAAAUAUUUUAGAGUGAUAAUUACUUCUUUU